AUGGACGAGCAGGCGGGGCCCGGCGCGCUCCUGGGCAACAGCCACCCGGGCGCGGGCGCGGGCGCCGCCAAGGGGCUCGGGCCUGCGGAGGCGGCGCUGUCGGGGGGCGACGGGGCGACCGCGGCGGGCCCGGCCCGCGCCCACUACAGCCUGCCGGGCAUCCUGCACUUCCUGCAGCACGAGUGGGCCCGCUUCGAGGUGGAGCGCGCCCAGUGGGAGGUGGAGCGCGCCGAGCUGCAGGCCCAAAUCGCCUUCCUACAAGGGGAAAGGAAAGGCCAAGAAAACCUGAAAAAGGACCUUGUGCGGAGGAUCAAGAUGCUGGAGUUCGCGCUGAAGCAGGAGAGAGCCAAAUACCACAAGUUGAAAUAUGGGACAGAAUUGAAUCAGGGAGACAUGAAGCCGCCGAGCUAUGAUUCUGAUGAAGGCAACGACACGGAGGUGCAGCCGCAGCACAGCCAGCUCAUGUGGAAGCAGGGCCGCCAGCUGCUGCGCCAGUACCUCCAGGAGGUGGGCUACACGGACACCAUCCUGGACGUGAAGUCAAAGCGAGUGCGCGCCUUGCUAGGCUUCUCCAGCGGCCUCGCCGACCGGGAAGACGAGCAGACCCAGGACUCGGCGCUGAAUGGCACCGAGGCGGAUGCCAAGGAGGCCGCCAUGAUUGGAAAAUCUGAGUUAACAGAUUCUGCGUCCGUGUUGGAUAAUUUCAAAUUCCUCGAUAGUGCAGCAGAGUUCAGCGAUGAAGACGACGAUGACGGCGUCGACGGGGGAGAGAGAAGCGUGAUCGACACAGCCACGAUCAUCAGGAAGAAGGCGCCACCCGAGAGCACCGAAGACCGGGACGCCAAGGAGGCGCUCAAGGAAUUCGACUUCCUGGUCACGUCGGAGGAGGGUGACGCCGAGUCCCGGAGUGCGGGCGAUGGGACCGACUGGGAAAAGGAGGACCAGUGUCUCAUGCCCGAAGCCUGGAAUGUGGACCAGGGAGUAAUUACCAAACUCAAGGAACAGUACAAAAAGGAGAGGAAGGGGAAAAAGGGGGUGAAGAGGCCCAACAGGUCUAAACUGCAGGACAUGCUGGCCAAUCUGAGAGACGUCGACGAGCUUCCGUCCCUGCAGCCCUCUGUGGGCUCGCCAUCCAGGCCUAGCAGCUCCAGGCUCCCAGAGCACGAGCCCAGCAGGGCGGAUGAAGUGGAGGCGCUGACCUUCCCGCCGUCCUCUGGGAAAUCGUUCAUUAUGGGGGCCGACGAUGCCCUGGAAAGCGAGCUGGGCCUCGGCGAGCUGGCGGGCCUCACGGUGGCCAACGAGGCUGAUUCACUGACCUACGAUAUCGCAAACAACAAAGACGCGCUGAGGAAGACGUGGAACCCCAAGUUUACUCUGCGGAGUCACUUCGAUGGCAUCCGAGCCCUCGCUUUCCACCCCACCGAGCCCGUCCUGAUCACGGCGUCCGAGGACCACACGCUAAAAAUGUGGAACCUGCAGAAAACAGCACCAACCAAGAAGAGUACUUCUCUUGAUGUGGAGCCGAUCUACACAUUCAGGGCUCACAGGGGCCCCGUGCUCUGCGUGGUGAUGAGCAGCAACGGAGAGCAGUGCUACAGCGGGGGCACAGAUGGACUCAUCCAGGGCUGGAACACCACCAACCCUGCCGUCGACCCCUACGACUCCUACGAUCCCUCUGUGCUACGGGCCCCCCUCCUGGGCCACACGGACGCCGUGUGGGGCCUGGCCUACAGCGCAGCACACCAGCGCCUGCUCUCCUGCUCAGCGGACGGCACACUCCGGCUCUGGAGCACCAGUGAGGCAGCCCCAGCACUCAGCGUGUUCGGCGAUAACCAAGAACUGGGCGUCCCGGCCUCCGUGGACCUGGUGAGCAGCGACCCGAGCCACAUGGUCGCGUCCUUCAGCAAAGGCUACACGAGCAUCUUUAACAUGGAGACGCAGCAGCGCGUCCUUACUUUCGAGUCCAGCCUCGACCCCACAGCCAACACUUCCUGCCAAAUAAACCGAGUCAUCAGCCACCCUACGCUCCCCAUCACCAUCACUGCUCACGAAGACAAGCACAUUAAAUUCUAUGACAACAAUACAGGCAAGCUCAUCCACUCGAUGGUCGCCCACCUCGAAGCCGUCACGAGCUUGGCGGUGGAUCCCAACGGCCUCUACUUGAUGUCUGGCAGCCACGAUUGCUCGAUACGCCUCUGGAACCUAGAGAGCAAGACGUGUAUCCAGGAGUUCACGGCGCACCGCAAGAAGUUCGAAGAGUCGAUCCACGACGUUGCUUUCCACCCCUCCAAAUGCUACAUUGCCAGCGCCGGAGCUGACGCGCUGGCCAAAGUCUUCGUAUGACGCGAUGCGUCGUCCGCCUCCCCACUUUCAGUUCCUUCCAGAUAACUGACGGCACAAAAGAGAGACAGAAGACCGGGGCCAGACCCAACUCUCGUCCUGCCCUUCUGUUCCCCGGAGGAGCACAGAGAACCUGGACGCAAAGGUCGCGUCUCACAGGUCGGGGACCAUUUUCCAAAGCGGGCAGGUUUGGUUCAGGUCGCUGCCAGCUCUACCAAAAUCCAGGAGCCUAAAAAUGAAUUCCAAAUGCUUCCCCCUCUUUACCCCUCCCCCCGAAAAGCUUGAAUUCUAAGGUGGUUCGAAUGCACUAGGCCACCGGGUGUGAUGGUAAUUACAGCUUUUUCCUCCCCGUUGGCGCCAUAUGUGGCUGGUCAUGGCGAGAGGAAGAGGGCAAGUGUCAGGCUAGGCCUGUCUUCCCGAGAAAUCUUGGGGGAAGUGCAGGGGGUGGUGGGAACAAGCAGUCUUUGUCUUUGCAUCUGCCCCGAGGCCGGGCGAAGGGCCGGGACCCUCGCCCUCCUUCCCGCCCUUCAGAGAAAGCCCCUGACAGAGCAUUGGCCUGUCCAGGGAAAGCAAAGAAAUGCAAUAAUACGUGAAAUAGAUGACUAUUAAGAAAUGCUAAACAAAAAAAAUAUUUAGUUUGUAAGCAGAUUUCUAUUAUAUUGUAUCACAGUUUUGAAAGUGAGUUUGGUACCAUUCCCGAGUUCUACGGCCAGAGCCCUCACCAUUCUGGAGACGAGCUGGGUCGAGGCCGCUCUGGCCCUUUGAAGGCUCAGUAGCUUAUUCAGGUGGAAGAUUCUACUGAUUCGAUUUAUUUUGAAGAGUAAACGGAGCAAAUAUCUCGUAUCAUUUCUUUUCAUUUCAAAAUUCACCUAAGCCACGUGGUCUCUAUAGUUGAUCUAAUGAUUCCUGAAGCAGUGAGUGAAAGGACUGAAUCUUACCUCCCAAGUCCUUCAUCACCAUAUUUCUGGAGAUCUUUGGCACGUUUUUCCUUUGUGUCUUGGUUUAUUAGUUCUCUGACACCUACCAAAAAAUAGCUCAUGAUGGUGGUGAUGAUUAUUUUUUUAAAAACAACCCAAAGGGUACAGGUAAACCUCAGGCAGCCACUUUUGUGGAAGGACUAAAUAAAGCAGAUGAUUUUUGUACCCCAGAA